CUUAAAAUCAUUUCGCUUGAAAGGCAACAGGAGCAUUGCAACACAUGUGCAACAUUAAAAUCAACUAAUCGUUAUAGUCAUAAUGCCAAAAUCUAAAAGAAACAAGGUUAUCUCCUUGAGCAAGACAACUAAAAAAGGAUUUGAGUUGAAGAAGAAUAUUGUGUCACAAGUGCAGAAAUGCUGUGAUGAAUAUGCCACAUUGUAUUUGUUUUCUGUAGAAAACGUGAGAAAUCAAAAAGUCAAGGAAGUUCGUGAAAAAUGGCGAACAAGCCGAUUCUUUUUUGGGAAAAACAAGGUAAUGGCACUAGGAUUGGGUAAGACUAAAGAAGAAGAGUACAAAGAAAAUUUACAUGAAGUUACGAAAAGGUUAAAAGGUGAUGUUGGUCUAAUGUUUACGAAUGAGCCAAGUGAAGUUGUGGAAAAAUGGUUCAAUGAUUUUUCUCAAGAUGAUUUUGCUAGAUCAGGAAACAAAGCCACAGAGACUGUCAUUUUGCCAGAGGGAGAGUUAGAUGUUAAUACAUUUCAACAUUCAAUGGAACCAAGUUUGAGGGCUUUGGGUUUGCCCACUACAUUAAAGAAAGGCAUAAUCCAUUUGACACAAGAAUAUAAAGUUUGUACUGAAGGAGAUGUGUUAACACCAGAACAGUGCCGAAUAUUAAAACUAUUUUCAUAUACUCUUGUUCAGUUUCACAUAGUAUUAAAAUGUGUAUGGCAUUCAAAUGGUAAAUUUUCAGAAUAUGAAAAUAAAGCAGACUGAAAUACAAAUUUCAUGUUUUA